AUGGCUCUUGAGACGACGCUCGGUGCCGUGCUGCAGGAGGAGGAGAUACUGCACCGCUGCUUCGGCAUCGCGGCGGAGAACGGUGAUGACGUCGCAGAAGCCAACGAAGACAGCAAUAUCCGGGUCGUCACGCCAUUCAACGGUAGCGUCAUGGCGGCCUGCGAGACGGAUGCGGCUGUGCUUCUGGCGGAGUCGCUGCUGGAGUUGUUCGGAGGCGAUAAGUUGGUGCAGUUUCCGUCGAGUGGUACCGCCUCCGCGUACACCUCACCGCAGCUCCGCGGCAGCGAGGUGGAGUUCGGAAGCCGAAGCACUACCACUAACCCGGAGGCUGGUAGCAACAACGGCCGUGGGAAGCCGCAGAAGUGCUUUCUGCAGCAGCAGCUAGUGAGCUUCGCAGAGUACUGCGGGGCGAAAUGCGACCGCCUGUAUGCCGUGCCGGUGAUGGUCAUGGUGAAGGCGUACAAGCGCGACGGCACGCCCACCGCCGCAAGUGCGCUAUGCCAGCAGAUACUGCAGGCGCUUGAGCGCGUCGUGGCGUCCACCAUCUCGCGCUGCGUCGCUGAGCAGACUGCCUCCAUCGCGGCCUGCCGCAAGCGCUACGUCGUGCACCCCGCCGGCAUGCUCUGCUGCUUUACGAAGCUACCCGCCUUCGUGCAGCGCAUGGAGGCAGUGCACAACGCGCUGCCACAAGCCGUGCGCAGCCGCACAGAGUACGCCGCCGUCGCGCUGAGCUUCGUCGACCAGGCGUUCGAGGCGCUCAACUACAUCAGCAGCCUCGCCAGCCCCGAGGCGGGCGGCCACGUGCGGCUCAACCUCAUCGAAGCCAUCGCGCGGCGGGCGAACAAGCUCAUCGACGGUCUCGACACGAAGUCCAUCAAGCGCGUGUUCCUGCAGCAGUACCGCCAUCAUGCCUUCUUCUGCGCCUUCUACGCCUCACUGCCGCCGUCAAGUUACGCGGUGGAGCUGCUGCGCGAGCGCAACGACGCCUCGCUGGUGCAACGCGACCGCUACGAGGAGGUCUACCUCACCCGUGUUGUUCUCGUGAAGGACUUCCCGGAGUUCGGCACAUUUGCACUUGUCGCGGAGGACCUCGCGCAGGUGCACUCACGCGAGGAGCUGCGGCACCACAACGCGCUCUCCGUUGAGGAGGUGCGACGCAUUGUGCGGUGUCUCCCGCGGGAGGUGCGCAACGGCAUCCCGUCGAGCUCGCGGCGGAUGAAGAAGCACUUCCUCCGCGACGUGGCAGGGCGGCAGGAGGAGGAGUCCUUCCAUUGCACGCUGCUGCAGCGGGUGUGGCAGCACUUCUGCACACUGUUUUUACAGAAGAUCGACUUCUUGGAGUCGUUGCUCCGCUGGCCGCUGUACGCCGGCAUUGAGAUGCCUAUCACACAUGCCGAGAUCUCUCAACUUCUGCAGGCUGCUUGA